AUGCCAGUCAACUCUCGCGACCGCGAGGCCUAUAGGGCCGACGAGGUCAAGGGGCAUACCAUGCUCAGCGACCAAGAAAAGAAGCGGAUGCUCAAGACAAAUCUUCCCGCGCCCGCAGAGCUCCCCCUCGUCAGCCGAUCGUCGCCGUCGCAGAGGAGAUCGCGCUUGGGCGUCCGGCGCUUCCUCCAGAACCAGCUGCACGUUCUCGUGUUCGCCAUCCUACACGGCAUCUUCUCGCUGUACAUCCGAAUCCGCCAGACCGUCAACGUCGUCUGUUACCAGGUCUCGUCGGUCCUCUACUACCACCACGCAACGCCGCAGUACAUACGAAAGGAUGUCAUGGGCCUUCAAAGGCGGCCCAAGCAUCUCAGCGCGAUACUAAAGGCAGAGGAGAACCACCGCGCCAAGGCCGACUUGGAGCGGCUGAUUGAUGAGACGGCGGAACUGGCGACUUGGUGCGCCUGCGCCGAAAUCCCCAUACUCUCAGUAUACGAAAAGACCGGAAUACUGAAGAAGCAUAUGCCCCGCGUCUACGAGGCCGUCAUUCAGAAGUUCACCUUCUAUUUCGCCGGCAAACACCCAAGCCUGUCGGUUACGUCGCCGCACAAGGACGAGUACUCGUCUCCCUCGGUAGAUGACGGCAGCCAAGGCCACCUGAAGCUCCACCUGAUCUCGGCGCAGGAUGGGCGCGAGUCUAUCGUCGACCUCACCCGCACCCUGGCCGAGAUGUCGCAAAAGGGCAAACUCUCCCCUCGAGACAUCUCCAUCGAGUUGGUCGACGCAGAGCUGUCCGAGGGCAUCAUGCCGGAGCCGGACCUCCUUAUUCUGUUCAGCCCUUAUGUCGAGCUCUCGAGCUAUCCGCCUUGGCAGAUCCGCUUGACUGAGAUUUUCUGCCUGAAGGACAACGAAAGGUUCGGGUACCAAGUAUUCCUCAGAGCGCUGCGCAAGUACGCCAAGGCGCAGAUGCGUCAUGGCAAAUAA